GAAUGUCAAAUAUGUCGAUCAACUGUUCAAAACAAAUAACUUUUAUUACCUUUCUAUAAAAAUUCAAAAUUAUUUUUUAAAAUAUUGUCAUGUUUACAAGUUUAACGAAUCGAAAAAAUAUAACGAAAUAAGUGAUAAUUUCGUUAUGUAAAAUUGAUAAAUUCAAAAUGAAUAGCAUGGAAAUUACCAAGUCGCAGUGACAUUUCUUUGUUACAUUUUUCUAAAUUAUUUGCGCAAAAUCUCUAUUUUUAUCCAAUUUUUGCAACUACUUCCUUUAAAGUUGAUUCCGAACUCCGAGUGUUUGGCAAGCAUGCAUCCCUCAUUCUGGCACAAAGGUUGAGUACUCCAAGGUAAAAAAUUACAAUGCACAAUUACGCUUCUUUACAAGAAACUCAAGAUCAAGAAGAACAGGGUAUAUUAUUUCACGUCUCUGAACCAACAAGAUCGAGAUGGAACCACAUCGUGGAUUUAGAUUCUUUUUUUACGAGAGUUUACAAGUACCAUCAGAAACAUGGCUUUACAUGCAUGGUUUUAAAAGAACUUUUUGGACUUAAUCAAUUUGUAUUUGUAAUAUUCUUCACCGUGUACCUGUUUUAUGGAGUAGAUUAUAAUGUGUUAUUCAAUUACACUGAUGGUAAAAAAAGGAUUAUAACUGAGGCCAUGUUACCUAUUAGCGAGUGCAUAAAAUAUUUUUCUCCUUUUACAUGGUUCCUGCUAAUUUUUGCUGCAGGCAUGUUUGUUUUAAAGGCAAUAAGGCAGUUUUAUGUGAUGAUUAUGUAUUGGGACAUAAAGCAAUUUUACAAUACAGCCCUAAAUAUUAAGGACAAAGAUUUAGAUAACUUGACUUGGUAUGAAGUUCAGAAUAAAUUGAAACAAGUUCAGCUGGAACAACAGAUAUGCAUUCAUAAAAGAGAACUGACUGAAUUGGACAUUUAUCAUCGUAUAUUACGCCAAGAAAAUUAUUUUGUUGCCAUGGUGAAUAAAAAGUUGAUACCUCCUAGAAUAUACAUGCCAUUUCUUGGAGAUAUAGUGUACUGGACUAAAGGAAUGAGAUACAAUAUUGUUGGUCUUUUGUUCUGGUCUCCUUGGUCUCCUUUUGAAAACCCCUGGCAUUUACGUGAGGAGUACAAACGUCAGAGUUUGAGGCAAGAGCUUGCCAGUCAACUUAGUCGCCAAAUCUUAUGGCUGGCAUUUCUAAAUUUGAUUUUUUCCCCAUUGAUAUUCAUUUGGCAGAUAAUAUUUUAUUUUUUUAACUACUUUGAGCUGGUUCGUAGGGAGCCUGGAAAAUUUGGGGUCAGGUAUUGGUCACAAUAUGCAAGAAUGUACCUAAGACAUUUCAAUGAACUAGAUCAUGAACUUCAUGCGAGAUUGACCAGAGCAUAUAGACCAGCUUCAAAAUACUUGUCAUCUUUCACUUCACCUACAGCAAGUGUUAUUGCAGAACAUGUAGCUUUUAUAUGUAGCUCUAUUCUUGGCGUUUUCCUCAUUUUGUCAUUCUAUGAUAAUGAAUUUUUGUAUAUAGAACAGGUACUGUCAAUAAUGGCAUUUUUGACGGGUGCAAUAGCAGUAUGUCGGAGUAUGGUUCCUGAUGAAUAUUCAAUUUGGUGUCCUGAAGCUUUACUCCAGGCAGUUGUUUUACACACUCAUUAUUUUCCUGGAAAGUGGCAAGGCUUAGCGCAUACUUCUCAUGUUAGAGCUAGUUUUCAACAACUUUUUCAAUUUAGGUUUGCAGCUCUGAUUGAAGAAUUUAUCUCUCCCGUAAUUACACCAUAUUUUCUGGUCCGCUACGUAUAUCCAAGAUCCCUGGACAUAGUGGAUUUUUUCCGGAAUUUUACGGUAUCCGUUGUGGGAGUGGGUGAUGUUUGUAGUUUCGCUCAAAUGGAUAUAAGGAAACAUGGCAAUCCUGACUGGCAGGCAGCCGAUACUGAAGGUGUAGAAACGCAAGUUUUACCGGAUCAGUAUUCCCAGGCUGAAGAUGGCAAAGUCGAGUUGUCCUUGAUGCAUUUCACUGCCACAAAUCCAGAGUGGGUCCCGCCAGAAGAGGCAAAGGAUUUUGUCGAAAAUGUCCAGCAUGAAACGAGUGGCGCGUAUGGAAAUUUGGCAACCAUGGGAUUUUGGGAUUCAAGUUCAAUGGUUGAUUAUGAAGAUCUCUCAUUACCAGCAGGACAUAGAGAUUCUAUAUAUGUGUCUCAUGUGAACCAAAGUACGAAGAGGAGUGGUCAGAGGUGGAUGGCUGAAGGUCCAGACUUAUUUAGCAGCGCCAGCAACAUGCGUGCAAGUACUUUGAUCUUGCAUAAUAGACAUGCCAACAGCAGGUGAUGUAGAGUAUUGAAUGUGAAUUUUGUACCACAUAUUGCACAACUCUGUUAGUUGCAAAAUAGAGAGGUGAUCUGCAGGUGAAAGAGGGUCCCAUAUAUAUAUAAAUCUUGAUAUAAAGAAGUGAGCAACCAAUAAGAUAAAUGUGUGCAAAAUUAAAUGUUUUUGCACUAAAAUUGGAAAAACUGCAGCAUGGUAUAAAGUAAUAAGUACUUAAAAUUCAGCCUUGUAUUAAUUUGUAUGUUAGUGUGACAUGUUCAGUGUUAUUAUUGUUACAUGUAGUGUAGUAGUAAUAAGUAAAAAAAGUUUUAAUAAAUAUUUAUCACUCACUACAUGAGGCUUGAUUCCUUUCCAUUGAAUAGAGUCUCCGUUGUACUUUUUAAAAAAUCACAAAUUGAAUAAAAGUGACCUUUCUAUCUAAACCUUAUAAAUACAAACUGAACCAAAG